AUGGGUAAGAGCAGUAAAGAUAAAAGAGAUUUGUAUUACAGAAAGGCUAAAGAAGAAGGUUACAGAGCCAGGUCUGCGUACAAGUUACUGCAAUUGAAUGAAGAGUUCCAUUUCUUGGACAACGAAGAUAAUUUGAAGAAAGUAGUAGAUCUAUGUGCUGCACCAGGUUCAUGGUCUCAAGUCCUAUCAAGGAAGAUGUUCACUGAAUCCAAAGAGGUCGAUAACAAAAACAAAAAAUUGAUUGCUGUGGAUUUGCAACCGAUGUCUCCAAUCGAUAACGUCAUUACAUUACAGGCUGACAUUACACAUCCGAAAACUUUGGCAAGAAUUCUAGAGAUAUUUGGUAAUGAGAAAGCUGAUUUUGUAUGUAGUGAUGGUGCUCCAGAUGUUACAGGUCUACAUGACUUGGACGAAUAUGUACAACAACAAUUGAUCAUGAGUGCAUUACAAUUGACUACAUGUAUAUUGAAACAAAAUGGUACGUUUGUUGCCAAGAUCUUUAGAGGUAGAGAUAUUGACAUGUUAUAUUCACAACUGGGAUAUUUGUUUGAUAGAGUCGUAUGUGCUAAACCAAGAUCUUCAAGAGGUACAUCCUUAGAGGCCUUCAUUGUUUGUUUAGGUUAUAACCCACCAUCAAAUUGGGAACCAAAACUGGAUAUAAACAAAUCAAUUGAAGAGUUUUUCAAUGGUUGCAAGAUGAGUCAAUUAUCAUUGUCCGAUGACAAUGAUAAUAAGUUACCACAAUGGAAGGACGGUCAAAGAGAAAUUGCUAAGUUCAUGUCGUGUGGGGGACUUCAAAGUUUCGAUUCUGACGCUACAUACCAUUACGACGACGAAAUAUUGUCAAAUUUGAAGGAUAAGUUAUCAUUGGAUCCAGUACAAAGUCCAACGAAUCCUCCGUACAAGAAGGCUCUGGAGUUAAAGAGAAGCGGGAAACUGACAAGAGCAGUAUAG